AUGCCGUUGUUGUAUGGCGCAUCGUGUUCAGAUAUGGAUGAGGGAUACCUGAUUACGGGUUUUGUCAGUUCCGUUCAUGCACUUGGUCGACAGAGACAGGUACCGCUUGUUUCGAGAAAACCAAACACGCCUAACUUCCGGCCCCAGAGGAGCGCUCGCGUGGUGCAGCGCACGCACAAGCUCCGCGGGCUACGUCUGUGUGAAGGCGAACGUUUGGUGAAAACCGACGAGAAGCCAGCAGUGCAGCCGGAUACACAACCUCUUAAACCUGGUGAUGGAAAAGAGAGUCCCGCGCCGCCAUCUCCCCCGCCUCCGGUCGAGACGCGAGGGCGCCGGCGCACCUACCUUGGUCUGGUCUGGGACCGCACCCUCGAUACCUUUGAGGACGCUCUGCUGCAUCUUAGGCGUCAGUUUUUCUGGCAGGGUGAGUUUCUGAGUUCGAGCGGUCGGCCCAAGCCGCGCUUGGUGAUCUUGGGAACCGGCUGGGUUGGUCACGCGAUGGUGAAAAUCAUCGACAUCGAUAAGUACGAGGUAAUCGUCAUCUCGCCCCGGAACUACUUCCUCUUCCAACCUAUGCUGCCGUCGUCAGCACUGGGCAUUGUGGAGUUUCGUUCGUGCUGCGAACCGAUACUCCGGGCGAAUCCUUUCAUCAUCUACUAUGAAGCAGAGGCGGUCGGGGUCGAUAUCCAAAGGCGGGUGGUGAAAUGUCGGGCCAAAGUCCGGCGUCGGGGCGCGCUCUCCGUGGGCUCUGAAAGCGACGUCGGUGCACCGUCUCUGGCGGAAACAAGCCAAGAUGUCCACGCAUUGCAACCGCGAUUUUCGACGAAAAGCAAUACUGAUGAAAUCAUCGGCAUACGCGAGUUCGAAGUGCCGUACACCUACUGCGUGGUCGGCGUAGGUUCCGCGGUGAACACGUUUAACACCCCGGGUGCCAAGGAGAACUGUUUCUUUUUGAAAGAAAUCCCAGACGCGCGGAAAAUCCGGUCUGAGGUCGUGCGCAUCUUCGAAGAGGCGAAUCUACCCGAGACCUCCGACGAGGAGCGCAGUCGCUUACUGCACUUCGUAGUGGUUGGCGGUGGUCCAACCGGCGUCGAAUUCGCUGGUGAACUGCAUGAUUUUCUCGUAGAGGAUGCUGUGAAGUAUUACAAGAAGCUGCUGAAAUAUGUACAGGUCACUUUGUUGCAAUCCGGGCAAAGUAUCUUGACACAGUUCGACAAGUCCCUGCAAGAUCGGGCUUUGCAGAACCUGCGCGACGCGGAGAUCAACGUUCGGACUGGCAGUCGAGUCGUUCGCAUCACCGAGACCGAGAUUUAUCUGCAGGAUGGUGCAGUGAUACCCUAUGGCAUGUGUGUGUGGGCCGCGGGGGUCGGUCCUCAGAAACUCGUGACGGAUCUCAUCGAGUCGAUUCCCGCCCAGACGACCUUUAAGAAGCGCCAACUUGUUGUCGAUGAUUGGCUCCGCGUGAUUGGUGCCGAAGGCGUGUUCGCCGCCGGCGACUGUGCAACGAACCUGCACGAACCCUUGCCUGCAACUGCCCAGGUCGCCGGCCAGCAGGGCGCGUAUCUCGCCCGUCUCUUGAACCGCGAGUAUUGUCUUGAUUGCGACAUCCCGGAACGCACCGAGUACACGCGCACCUGGAUCGAUCGGGCUCGCUUUGCGAAGCCGUUCCAGUUCCUUUCGUUCGGUCUUCUUGCCUACAUCGGUCGCGAGCGUGCAAUGGCCCAGAUAGAAAUGGGCGACACCUCGGUGAAACUGAGCGGAACGCUGACCUAUCUGAUAUGGCGCUCUGUCUAUGCAGUGAAGCAGGUCAGUAUGCGCAAUCGGAUCUUGAUUACGUUUGACUGGAUCAAAGCGGCUAUUUUCGGGCGAGAUAUCAGUCAGUUUUGA